AGAAAGUUUUCUAAUCGAAACGUUAAGAGGCAAUUAUGGAAUUUCCGGUUCGUCUUUUGGUUCUUAUUGCACUUUACAUCCUCCCCGUCACGGUUCAAGGCGAUGUUCGCAAAUACACAUUCAACGUGGUGACGAAGCAAAUGACGAGGCUUUGUUCAACAAAGCAAAUCGUCACCGUUAAUGGGAAGUUCCCGGGGCCCACGAUCUACGCCAGGGAAGACGAUACAAUUCUCGUCAAUGUCGUGAACAACGUCAAGUACAACGUCUCUAUCCACUGGCAUGGGAUAAGGCAACUGAGAACCGGUUGGGCGGAUGGACCGGCAUACAUAACCCAAUGUCCGAUCAGGCCGGGUCAGAACUACGUUUACAACUUCACGGUCACGGGCCAACGUGGCACGCUCUGGUGGCACGCCCAUAUCCUCUGGCUACGAGCCACUGUUCACGGCGCCAUUGUCAUUUUGCCCAAGCCAGGCUUGCCUUACCCUUUCCCUAAACCCCACAGAGAAGAAGUCAUCAUGCUAGGUGAAUGGUGGAAAUCUGACACAGAAGCAGUGAUUAAUGAAGCAUUGAAAUCCGGUUUAGCGCCCAAUGUCUCUGAUGCCCACAUCAUCAAUGGUCAUCCCGGUCCGGUCUCUACUUGCCCCUCCCAAGGAGGAUUCAAAUUAUCGGUGGAAACCGGGAAAACGUACAUGCUACGGCUAAUAAACGCGGCCAUGAACGAGGAGCUGUUCUUCAAGAUCGCCGGCCACCGCUUCACCGUCGUGGAGGUCGACGCCGUCUACGUGAAGCCUUUCUCCACCGACACUAUCCUCAUCGCCCCCGGCCAAACCACCACCGCCCUCGUCUCCGCCGUCCGUACCAGCGGGAAAUACCUCAUUGCCGCCUCUCCUUUCCAGGACGCCGCCGCAGUCGCCGUCGACAACCGCACCGCCACCGCCACCGUCCAUUACUCCGGAACCCUCUCCGCUGCCCCCACUUCCCUCACCUCCCCUCCGCCUCGCAACGCCACCUCAGUCGCCAACUCCUUCAUCGGCUCCCUCCGCAGCCUCAACUCCAAGAAUUUUCCGGCGAAUGUUCCGGCCACCGUGGACCACGAUCUGUUAUUCGCCGUCGGAUUGGGGAUCAACCGUUGCCACAGCUGCAAAGCCGGCAACGGGACCAGAGUCGUCGCCGGAAUCAACAACGUAACCUUCAAAAUGCCCACAACGGCUUUGCUUCAGGCGCAUUACUUCAACCUCUCCGGAGUUUACACCACCGACUUCCCCGGAAAGCCACAUCACGCUUUCGAUUUCACCGGAAAACCGCCGUCCAAUUUGGCCACGAUGAAGGCCACGAAGGUUUACAAGCUUCCCUACAACUCGAGGGUGCAAGUCGUGUUGCAAGAUACCGGGGUUAUAUCGCCGGAAAGCCAUCCGAUUCAUCUGCACGGGUACAAUUUCUUCGUGGUGGGGCGUGGAUCAGGGAACUAUAAUGCGAAAUCCGAUGCGAAAAAGUUCAACCUUGUGGAUCCGGUGGAGAGGAACACCGUCAGCGUACCGUCCGGUGGUUGGGUCGCGAUCCGAUUCCGAGCAGACAAUCCAGGGGUAUGGUUCUUGCAUUGCCAUUUGGAGGUGCACACGUCGUGGGGCUUAAAGAUGGCUUUCUUAGUGGAGGAUGGAAAUGGCCCAAAUCAAUCCAUUUUGCCCCCUCCAAGUGAUCUUCCUAAAUGUUAGAUUCCAAUUUCCAAUCAUACAAUUCUUUUUGUUAUUUUUUUAUACCACUUCGAUUUUCAUUUUUUUUUUAAAUUUUUGCUCAAGCAUGUUCUAGUAAUAAAUAAAAAAAUCAUUGUAUGGACAGUUCUGAAAUUCUCCAAUGAAAGAACAAGAACAAAUUUU